AUGGUGCCCUGCGUAGAAGUGCUGUAUAUUGUUCUUGAUGCCGACGAGAAGUUAUGGAAGGUGACGGAGAGAGCAAAAGUGAUUCAAGUGAAAGAAUCAGGGCUUGGUCAAAUCGCCUUCAGUGUCGUACCUUGUGCAGCCGGUUUCUUGCCGUACCCGUCGAUAUCACUAUACAGUUGUAAUGCGAUUGGGCCACGACUUGGUGAGACGUGGACGGAAGGUGUUGACAUCCUGCCCGGCAAUUUAUUGCCGUCAUUUCUGCGUACGGGCGGAAAGCAGAUUAGGAGUUUUGGGCGCUUGCCAAACCGAUCCAGAACCAGUGGAGCAGAAGAAAGGUCUCAAGCAUAA